UCACAUUCAUAAAUCUCCUUUCCCUCUUUUUUCCUUCUCUCUCUCUUGGCCCCCCCAUCAGCCCCCCUGGCUCGCGCAACGAUGUCUGCAGAUCUCGAGAUCAGAGCCGUCCCAAUCACGAAGGCAGCGGCGGCGCCGCCAAUUUCUCAAGAUUCCGACAAAAUCAGCGAGUGCUGCACGCCGAAGUCGGCGGAGCACCGGAUUCCGGCGGUGGUGAGCUGCCCGCCGGCGCCGAGGAAGCCGAGGCGGGGGAGCCUCCUCGCGUGCAAGAGGAGGCUCUACGAGCUCGACUUCUACGAGGCCGUGGCCGAGGACAAGAUCGAGUCGUUUUUCCGGAGGGCGGAGGUGAAGAGGAGAUGCGUAGUGUAAUUAACGGCAACGGCGGCGGCGGCGGUGGUGGUGGUGAAUUUUUUUUUUUUUUUAAAUGUUUUUUUUUUAUUUUUAAAUUGAUAGUGAAUGUGAAUUAGUAAUUGAUUGGCUUGAUGAAAGGUUCAAGCUUAUAUGAUUAUUAUGAUCUUCUUCUUUUA